AUGUCGAAGAUCGAUACGGUUGCUGGGUCGUUUGAUUUACUUUGUCUACAAGAAGUUUCACGAGGAAAAGAAGGUUGGGAUGAGCAUGAGACUGAUUGUUUCAUGUGGUUCACUCAUCAAGAUCCGAGUCAAUGGCGUGGGGUUGGCAUUGGGAUUGCGCGAGCAUUGUUCGACUCUAUCACGGACAAGACUGCGUGCAGGCGUGGUGCAGCUUGGGUUGUCCGCCUCAAGAAUCACAGAAGAGUCAUCUUGUGCUCUUUACACUGUCCUACCGGGGUGACCGUCGGGCAAUAUCACCAGGAUGUUCAAGAUUUUCGCAGGGCUCUACGGAAGUGGCAUCCUGAACUACCCAUGGUGGCGGGCAUCGACGUGAAUGAGGUCGUUGGGUGGAACUCGGACGAGUCGGAUGGGGCGUGCAUGCGCAGUGGGGCGAAACUGGACAAGCUCCUUGAAGUCACCUCCGGGAUGCACUUACGUCCUGUCCCUCCUCGUCGGGAGGAUCGGUCUCUACCCACCCAUUAUCCCCGGGAUGAGUCCAGGGAGGGUCGCCACAUUGACGCCAUCUUCGUUCGCAUGAUGGGAGGUGGACAAGUUUGUGUCAAGCCUGACAUGCGCCUUGAGAUCAACACCGAUCAUGCGCUCCUGGAGAUGUACCUGGAGAUACACAAGACGAGGCCAGCUGUGUGGGUUGACAGCCGUCCUCGAUGGGUUGCGACAGACACGCCCUUGCCUCUGGUCCGUGACUUCGGGGAUGUUCAACAACUUGCCCAUCAAGCAUGUCAGCCGAGACGACGAAAAGAUUACCGAGACGACGAUGAGAUGAGACAACUCAUUUGGGAUGCCAAGAGCUGGUGGGGUGACAUCCUCUCUGGCAAGUCGAGCGCCGAGGUUGCCAAUGAUGUGCAACAGAACCUGACCGAUAAGUUCUGGGAUGUGGCUCGCAACUGGGAUGAAGAUUUGCAGCUCCGCAUCCAAAACCUCCAGUUGAGACCAUCAGCCCUGACCCCUGUGACGCCCGCUGAAGUCUCCUCAGCUCUCAGUGGGAUGAAAGCACGCUCAGCCGUGGGAGAAGACCGUGUUUGCGUUGAUCUUCUGAGGCGCCUGGCCUUCGAACAGUCUGAGCAACUCUGUGGGAUGUGCACUGAGGUCCUCGAGGGUGGCGUUCUCCCGGAACCCUGGGGCGUCUCGCUCCUUGCCUUGCUGCCGAAAUGUCAGAGUCCAUCUACGCCAUCAGACCUUCGACCGAUCGCCAUGGGGAGCGCAGCAAUGAAGAUGAUGUCGCGCAUUGUCAUGGGACGCACCUUUGACAAACUCCGUGAACCUUGCUGUCACGCCUCCUCGGGUAAGAGUCGUCAACCUGCCGAUCUCAUUGGCACCUUCACCAGGCUGAGGGAUGUUACGAGAGAAUGGCGUGCUGGGGUGAUCGCUGCAAAGCUUGAUGUCAAAGGGGCGUUCGACUACAUCGACCGUGGCAAAGUCGCUGAUUUUCUUCAGGCCCGCCUCAGGGAUGAGCAAGACCAACACUCGCUUCGCUUCUGGCUUCUUUUGCUGGCUGAGAAUUCGAUGAAGGGCAGCGCGCCGGGAGGAAAGCCAGUGCAAAUCGCCGCUAACCGCGGAAUACGCCAAGGAAGUCCAGAGUCAGCCGAGCUCUUUGGGAUGAUCAUCGCCUGUGAGCUACAGAAAACCAGGAAUGCCAAGUCGUGGGCUGCGCCUGGGGGUGCCAUCGACGACGUUCCCAUCGAUGUCGGCUGCUUCCAAGAUGACAUCUUUAUUUGGAGUGAUAGUGGGGAGCGCCUUGAGCGCAACAUCGCAAGGAUCGCGGAGAUGCUGCGCGCGCUUGGGUUGUCCUUAUCGGCCAAAAAGACGUGCGUUGUCGUCAACCAGUACUACCAAGGGAAGCGCAAGAUCAAAGUCGAUGGUGAGACUGUCGAGAUUGCCAAGCCAGGGACAUGCAUUCGUGUCCUCGGGGUGGACUUUGACUUCGAUGCAGGGACGAGCCAACAGUGCCGAGAAAUGAUGGGACGUAUAUGGGACGCCUUCUACGCCAACAAACCCAUUCUCUGCGGACAUG